AUGUUGUUUCUUGCAGUUGUUCAAUGUCCAAAAAAAAUUUGUUUUCAAUAUUUGAAAAUAUUACACUUGAACAAAAAGUAUUUCAAUACACGUCAUGAUAGAUGUUACUGCUCAAAAUGUUAUGGACCUUCAAAACCGAAAGGCUAUCCAGUAGGCAAGCCUAAAUUUACAGUGCCCAUAGGUUGGGUAUCGUUUGGAAUUCAAGUAGACAAAGCAUUUGUUUCCAAUAAUCAAAUAUUUAAAAAAUGGUAUACAACAUUCUAUGGAACAUCAAAAGAUAAACUUGACGAUAUCAUUCACAAUCGGUUCAUACCAUUUCCUGGUGAUGAUCUUCUAUCGGGUAAAAAGUUUGUUCUUAAUCUAUCAGAUCAACAUCAUAUUUAUACAUCGCCUUCAAUAAAUUAUGCUUCUCUUGAUCAUGCAGUAACUGUUGUGACAAUUCAACCAAGUCAACAUAAUAAUUCUAAAACAAUCGAUCCAUUAGCUAAAAUUCGUCCAAUAAUAUCAAAGAAACCACAUCUAGUACAAUCUCUUGUGCCUUCUAAAACAAUUCAAAUUUCAUCUGGAUUUAAAAUUCCUAAUACACGAAUUCAAUCAACUGAUAAUGAUACAUCAUAUUUACCUUUGGUAACAAUUAGUGACAAUGAACAUUCUGAUGAAGAUGAUUUUGUUUUGCCAGUACAAAAAUUAACAAAAGAAGAAUUACGUGAAGAAUUAAAAGUAUUUCAAUCAACUAAUUCUAUUAGUCAUGCUUUACUUGCUAAUGACAAUGAUGAUAAUGAUAUAGAUGAAUUACAAUUCCGUACACAACAACCAUUUAAUCGUUCUGUUUGUUGUUAUCAAUAUCCAUUUUCAUUUAAAAAUAGUUCAUAUAAAUAUUCCUUAUUUUUAUUGUUAUAUCUAUUUAUUCAAAUAAAUAAAUUUAUUGCUAUUUAUUUUAGAUUGAUGUCUGAUUCAAAAUCUUUAAUUGAUAUUGUUAAACAUGAACAAGGUCAUUUUGAUGCUGAAAGUAUUUUAUUUCUUGAUUUAAAUUCUCGAAAUCUUACUGAUGCUAAUAGUCUAAGCAUAUGUCGUAAUUUAAUUAUCUUAAAUUUAAAUAAUAAUAAUCUUACAAAUGUACGUGGUUUUGGUACACUUACACAAUUACAAAAACUUUCAUUAGCUCAAAAUCAAAUUAAUUCUUUAGAUGGUUUACAAUCAUGUGAAAAUUUAGAAAUUCUUAAUGUUGCCGGAAAUAACCUUACAGGACUUAAAUCUCUUGCUCCAUUAUUAUAUUUAACACAUUUACGAUCAUUAUGUCUGAACGAUCGACAAAACAAUCUAACAAAUCCUCUUUGUAAUUCUUCAUCUUAUCAAAAAGAUGUAAAAAACAAUUUACCCAAUCUUGAUACACUCGAUAAUGAAUGGCUUGGACAAGGUUUUCAAGAACAUCUUUCUUCAUUAGAAUCUGCUAUUGAACAAUUAGAAACUUUGAAUGGUAAUUCUAAACCAAUGACUAAUGAAAAACCAACAAUUAUUAUUACACAAGCAACUAGUUCCGAUCGUUCCAUAUAUAUAGCCAAUGAAGAAUAUGACGAACUGUUCCAAUCGAUUCAAAUGCUUGUAAAAUAA